CCUUCCUUCUUUCACAGCCUCACACAGUGUGUGUGCUCUUCCUGAAGCCUGCCUGAGGUCGUCACCAUGUACUAUAAGUUUAGCAGCUUCACACAGAAACUGGUCGGGGCAUUGCCCACUGAGGCCUACCACCCACAGGGACUGAGACCUUCCGUUUACUCUGAAGCACCUGUAGCUAUCUUUUCCAGCCCAACAAAAUUAUCAGCGGAUUCUUCAUCAGCAGCAGAAUAUUUGGGAAAGAACAGAGUCCCAGAACUGCAAAAACUUUUCCAGAAAUCUGAUGGCAUUCCAGUACAUUUGAAACGAGGCGUCCCUGAUCGGCUCCUAUAUCGUACUACUAUGGCAUUGACACUUGGAGGGACCAUCUACUGUCUUAUAGCCCUGUACCUGGCAGCACAGCCUAAAAAGAAAUAACACCCGCAGAUGAAUGGAACUUAAAUACAUUUGACUCUCAUGGAACAUCAACAAACCAUCGUCUUUGAUUUUUGAGCUUAUUUUUAUACCUCCACAUAUUUCCAUCUGUUAUGUUUUUAAACUGAUAAAAGUUCCCUACCUCUC